AUGAUCAAGUCUACACUAAUCUAUAGAGAUGAUGCGUUGCCUCUGUGCACCUCGGUUGAUGAUGACAACGAUGCACAACUGAAUGAGCAGAAAAAAUACAUCAAGAUUCUUCUGUCCCGGAUGACCCCGCAAUCUGCCACGGAGGCCACCUUGGAGAGUGGGUCUUUUGAGAUCAGUUACAUAAAACGGGACGUUGUGUUAUAUUUUGUCAUCUGCGAGAGAGGGUACCCGAGAAACCUGUCAUUCUCGUACCUGGGAGACAUAUCGGAGGAGUUCCAACACUCGUACGCGAACGAAUACAACAAGCCGAACGUUAGACCGUAUGCAUUUGUCAGUUUUGACACAUUUCUUCAGAAGACGAAACGGGCGUACAGCGACAAGAAAGUGCAGGAUAACUUGGACCAGUUGAACCAGGAACUGCACGGUGUCAAGCAAAUCAUGUCCAAGAACAUCGAAGACCUGUUGUACCGUGGAGACUCGCUGGACAAAAUGAGCGACAUGAGUGCGUCUCUCAGAGAAUCAUCCAAGAAGUACAGGAAGUCCGCGCAGAAGAUAAAUUUCGACCUGCUCAUCAGCCAGUACGCCCCGAUUGUUAUUGUGUCCCUGUUCUUCGUGUUCUUGUUCUGGUGGGUAUUUCUAAGAUAG